GUUUCUUUUGAGAAAAUGAAUUUUUUUUAAAAUCAAUUUUCAAAAAAUGUAGAUCACCGUUCAUUUCCCUUCGUUUCCUCGAGCACCAGCAGCAGAGCUCAACAGCCAACUCCCUUUCAAAGAUCGCAUAGUUUAUUAUUUAUUAUUAUUAUUACACCAACUCGCCUAUGAAACGGUGUCGCAUCAGCUUUACUUUGUGUAGCCGUUUUUUAUUUUUAAUUUUUCCACGGCAAUCAGUAGUUUGGGUACCCAAAAUUGCAAGCCUGACCGCCAGCGUUACCGCCGAGCAGCAGUAAGCAAAUCGAAAAUUCAGACAGAAGAAGAUGAAUGGAGAAAUCUCCAACAUAAAGAAAUGGGUAGUUUUCUAUCCCGUUUAUAUUAAUUCAAAGAAAACAGUUGCUGAGGGGAGGCGAAUUAGCUUCACUAAAGCAUGCGAAAAUCCCACUUGUGCUGAAAUUGCUGAUUGCUGCAGCCAUCUCAAACUCCUGAAUGCCAUUGAGAUUGAUAAGGCAUACCCUCGUGAUUUCAUGCAAAGAGGGAGAGUGAGGGUCCAAUUGAGAAAGGAAGAUGGGACUUUAUGCAAUCCAGCCGUUUCUUCCAGAAAACAGCUGAUGCUCCAAGUUGCUGAGUUGGUACCUAGACAUCCUGGGAGGACUAAGAAGCAGGAAGCUCCAUCCACAUCAAGUGCUGGACCAUCCAAGAGUGGGAAGGGUGGAAGAAAAAAGAGAUAACUCCUUCACUCCUCACACAAUAGAAGAUUUUGGCUUUUGGCAUCCAACUCUCUCUCUGAAGCAUGGAUUUCCCUUAAACGUGUUAAAUUUCUCAUCGACUUAAACAUAUUCAUAUAUAACAUUUUUUUUUGGCGGGUUUAUCUGAGUAAUCUUAUACCUUUUCAGAUAAAACAUUAGGUUUUAUGUUUCAAAACAAAUUCCUUAAAUGCUGGACAGGACAAUAUUUGAGCUUUUGACUUUAUUGCCCUUUAGGUUUUGGAUUAUCAAAUACUGCUUAUGGUGCA